UACGAAACAGAUGCUCUACAAUAGCGGUACUUGUUCACGGUUGGUGGUUUAGUGUAGUGCGGUGCGGAGAUUUAAUUUGGAUAAAAUGCUGAAGCUCCUCCUAGCCCUAGUAGGAGGCGUGACCUUCGCAUUAUGGUUCGUCACCAGACCACCGAACCCCUCCACCCUCCCCAAGUUGGACCCUGAACAGUGGUGGGGACCGGAGAAGUUGAAGGGCAAAGCUGAUAACAGCAUCAGGCCUUUCAAAAUCGAGUUUACUGACAAGAUGAUUGAAGACCUGAAAAGGCGUCUAGACAACUUCCGCCUCCCACCUCCCCCGCUAGAGGGCGUAGCGCAGAACUACGGCUUCAAUAGCAAGCUGUUAGACGAAUGGAGGAAGUAUUGGAGAGACCAGUACCCUUUCAAGGCCAGAGAGACCUUCUUGAACCAGUUCCCGCAGUUCAAGACUAAUAUCCAGGGGCUGGAUGUGCACUUUAUACAUGUGAUGCCUAAGGUUCCAGCGGGUGUGAAAGUCCUGCCUCUCCUGGUUCUUCACGGCUGGCCAGGCUCUGUGGUCGAAUUCUACGAGUCCAUCCCCCUGCUAGCUCGUCAGGCCCCUGGAUACGACUUCGCUUUUGAAGUCAUUGUGCCCAGCCUUCCCGGAUAUGGAUUUACCGACGCUGCCGUCCGACCAGGUCUUGGCUGCGCCCAGGCUGCUGUACUCCUCCGUAACCUGAUGCACCGACUUGGGCAUAAACAGUUCUACAUGCAAGGUGGAGACAUGGGCUCCAUCAUCGGUACCAACAUGGUUACUCUGUUUCCUGAUGAAGUGUUGGGAUUCCACUCCAACAUGCUUCUCGCUAGGAACACUCGUUCAAACUUGUUGACGUUGCUGGGAGCCCUGUACCCUCCACUCGUAGUGCCUGCUCACCAAGCACAAAGGCUGUACCCAUUGGGCACGUACGUCGCCAAUAUGACGCUAGAGACGGGAUACUUCCACAUGCAUGCCACCAAACCUGAUACUCUUGGUGUCGGCCUAUCCGACUCCCCGCUCGGCCUCCUAGCCUACAUCUUCGAGAAGUUUAGCACAGGCACCAGAUUUGACUUUAGGGACCGCGAGGACGGAGGCCUUCUGGAGUUCUACUCCAGAGAACAGCUGUUGGACAACGUGAUGAUAUACUGGGUCAGCAACGCGAAGACUACGGCUAUGAGGAUGUAUGCUGAGACAUUUAACAAAGCGCAUAUUGCUCUUAAUAUUGACAGUUACCAAACCACCGUCCCGACCUGGGCCCUCCAAGCCAUCAAUGAUUUCUAUCACCCCCCUCUCCUGCUGCGCACCAAGUACGUGAACCUCCUAGGAAAUACCGAGCUGCCUGAUGGUGGUCACUUCAUCGCGCUGGAGAAGCCUGAUGUGUUCAGCCAAGAUGUGUUUAAGGCUGUGAAGGAGUUUGUGAAACAUCGAGAAGGCAGUAAGAAGAGUGAGCUUUAAGAGAUUUAUUUUGUGAUAAACACUACUGCCACCUUGGGGUACAAUAUGAAAUUUUUGAAAUCAGAACAACAUUAUGUCGACCAGAACAUUAGGCAAAUUCAUUUCUGUUGGUGAUCAAGCUAUUGAUAAAAUCUUUGCUACAAAAGUGAUAAAAACCAGUAUCUAUAAAAAAAAAUAUAGUUGUGAUUGUGAAGCAUGUUUUAAAUGUGUACCGUCAACCGGGGCGGGGUGAAUAGGGAUAACUGGUGUGAAUAGGGACAAAACUUAAAAUGUGAUUUACCUGUCAAUUUUUUUUAAUACUCACUUAAGUUGUAUCAUACCAAAUCUACUGUUAUUUUCAAUCUAAUGACACGAUUUGUGUGGAUAUUUUUUUUAAAGAAAUUGUCAGGUAAAUCACAUUAAAAUUUUGUCCCUAUUCACCCCGGUUGACGGUACUUCAUUAUUUUUUUUAUGUAAAUAUUAAAUAAAUAAGAUUUUGUUAUGUCA